CAAUAGAUGAGCAUAUCGACGAACGACUUCGCUGCAGUUUGUUCAAUUGCUGGGAGAUGUUGUCAACGACCUCAUUACUUUUAAUGCUGAUAACAUUGGGUCAAGGUUAUUUUUCAAUAAUGUUUUAUUAUUGAGGGACUAUUCUCUAUAAGGUACCUUAACAAAAUUAUAACUACUUCAGGCUUAUGUCUUCAAGGAAAUGCCAAAGUAGACACAAAUUUGAAUAUAUGCAAUGCACACUCCAGUUAUUAAAAAUACAUAAACUAGGGCUAAAUAAAUACAUUAAUAACUACAGUAAUAACUAAAUAUUAACUGAAGAAACUACUGUUUUCCCAUUCGAUGCUUGUGAUGUCUUAAGCUUCUGACGCUAUUUACCACUUCCAUUGUGAUGUAAAAGUUUCAAGAUCAAUCAUCUUAACUAUCUGGAAAAGUUCAUUUUAUGAUUCUGUAUGUUUUUCAAAAUUUCAGCCUUUUAUUUUAAGUAAUAUACCUAUCAUAUUGUAACGUAUAUAUAUAUAUAUAUAUAUAUAUAUAUAUAUAUAUAAAAUAAUCUUAUCAACAAACACUUUGAUGGAGCUUACUUAAACCUACAGUAAAUGACAUUUAAACAAUGAAUUUUUGUAUCUAAUCAUAAUAUUUGAGCACGAAAUAUCUCCAAAGUUUAUUGGUUCAAACAAAAUUCCAGUUUAGUAAGUUUAAAUGCUACGGAGUAGACGAAAAUUUUAAUAAUUUACAUUGAAUUUAAAAAAAACCACAAAGCCUUACCAUAUAUUUAGUUGUAAGAAUAAUAAAAAUAAGUGCCACAACUGAUUUACCACUAAUUUCUAAAUUCAUUGGAUAUAUUUAAUGCUUCUUUGUUAUGUUUGUAACCUAUUUAUGUUAUCAGGGAAAAAGUUUCAAUUAAUAAGCUAGUAAUUUCACCAAAGGACUUAAUAUUAUACUACUUACCCAAAAAUAUAAUCCCCUGGAAUUCAUUAGGGAGAAAUUCAUGAAAUUUUACUUUGAAAACAAUCAUAUUGAGACUUGAAAGUCGAAAAUUAGAAUCUGUCUUUGGUAAUAGUACCUAAAAGCCAUUAAAACUAAAAUGGACCGGUAGAUGUUAUGCAUUUUAUAAAUUACUCCCUAUGAAGUGAAUAUUAAAGUGAAGAGCUACCAUGUUUGCUUCGUAUGAUCGAUGUUGGCACAGUGAGAAUGGAUAUUUAAGGAUUACUUGUAAGGCCUAAAGGAAUUCCAACAUGCAUAUAGAUAUAUGAUGAACGAAAAGAGUGAGAAAAUUAAAAUACUUUGCACAAUUAGCCUUUAUUAAAUGUUCCAAAACUUUCUCCUCAUAUCAUUUUUUGACAGAUAAACUCUAGAUGGAAAUGAAAAAGUCAUCAGUCACUUUCAUCACGUCAUUUAUUUCAUUAUCGACAAGAUGCUAAAUGUCUGCACAUACAUUGUAACACAGUUUUAACCAAAAUAAAAUCCAGGCCCAAUCUUUUUCCGUUUUUCACCUGCUCUUAAGUCUCCUCUCUUCGCUUCUGAGAUAAAGUCUUCAGGAACAACGUAAUCUUCAUUGUCUACAUUAGAAAUUCGUCUCUCAUAAGGUUGGAAAUCGUAUCCAAAAGGUAGUGGUUCUGAGUGAGAAUAAUAAACAGAAGGGAUUGCAUAUAGUGGGAUCAUGCCAAUUAAAAGAAGGAAGUAGAUGGAUAACAUCAUGUUAAUAACAAUCUAUGUAACUAACAAAAUCCAUGAUGCCUUUUUAUAUGCACAGAUAGGUAUCGAUCUGGCCUUUAACAAUUUCAUAGCUAAGCAAGUGCGCUACUUAACCACAAACAAAACGUUUUGUUCAUUCUCUUUUCUCCUGAUUGUAUAUUUAACUGGAAUAAUAAUUAUUUUCAUCAUCAUCAUCAUCAUCAUCAUCACUGUCGUCAUCAUCAUGGACGAUCAACAUCAAAUGCCAUGUUGGUAUUAUGAAAAAGAAGAAUUAUAUAAAACACCAUCGUAUUAUGAUAAUAUUGAUCAUGAAACAGAGACACGACAUCGUCGUGAAGGUGCAAGAUUUCUCUCAGCUGUUAGUACGAAAUUAAAUCUACGCUAUGAUACAUGUGCUACAGCUAUCGUAUUCUUUCAUCGUUUCUAUAUGUUUCAUUCAUUUAAAGCAUUUCCACGUUAUGUCACAGCAGCUUGUUGUUUAAUGUUAGCUGGUAAAGUGGAAGAGACACCGAAAAAAGUUCGUGAUAUUGUUAAAACAGCUAGAUCACUAUUAUCAGAUGAAGAUUUUAAACAAUUUGGAAAUGAUCCAAGGGAAGAAGUUAUGGCCUAUGAACGUGUUUUAUUAAAAACAAUCAAAUUUGACUUACACGUCUCACAUCCAUAUUCAUACUUAUUACAAUAUGCUAAACGAAUAAAAGGUAAUCAAGAAAAAUUAAAGGAAUUAGUUCAAAUGUCAUGGUCAUUUAUUAAUGACAGUUUAGCAACAACUUUAUGCUUACAAUGGGAACCUGAAAUCGUCGCUUGUGCUGUUCUAUAUUUAGCUACACGUAUGAGUAAAUUUGUUAUAGAAGAUUGGGAAGGACGUCAACCAGGUCAACGUUGGUGGGAAUGUUUUGUUGAAGGAAUGAGUACUGAAGUUAUGGAGGAUAUUUGUCAUAAAAUUCUGGAUUUAUACCCCGCUGAUGGAGCUACUAAUGACGAUCAGUUUGACGGUGGUAACGUCACCACAAACAAUGGCAGCAGUUCUACUACUCCCUCCAGUAGUAGUAACCUUGUCGGUAGUAGACAUCAUGAGCAUACAUCUUUUCAUAAUACUCUACACCAUGAUGUGAAUAAGUAUCAUGGCGUGAGUAGUAGUAGAAGUGUUGGUGGUGGUUCGAGUAGUGGGAGUAGCAGUAGACACCGUGGAAGUGAAGCUAUCGGAGGAACAAGAGGUGGCGGUGGCAGCAGCAGUGGUGAACCACCAGCAAAACGACAAGCUUUAAUUCGUUCGACCAGUGCAACUGAUUAUAUCUAUCCAACGGCUGUAUAUCCUGGUGCCUCAGCUAGUGGUGCUAUUUCACUGGGUGUAGAGAAUACUAUGCUAAAGCAUAUGGCAUAUCAUUCAUCAUCAAUGCAUUAUCGUCUACCGUCUGGAUCGAGUGUAAAUAAUGUAUAUACCUCCGAAUUUUAUGAGAACAUUCAACGUAUUCAACCGCUGGAAGUAUUCAAUUACAAUUUCUAUACCUCAAUGCGAAUAUCACUGUGUACAGAAGGUUGUAAAUGAAGGCUAUCUCAAUCACACUACAGAGUCCUGAUAUUCGUCAGUUGACUGUUUCUCUCAGGCAGAUGUGUCUUCAGUCUGUUCUUAUUUUGCUUUUUCUCUUACUUUUCAUGUACAUAUUUCUUUGCUUUAUGAUUUUAAGUAAUAAAUUACUUCUUGUCUUUUUAAUAGGAUUUUU